AUGACCGGAAUAUUUGCACAUCUUUCACCCGGUGAGCCAGGGCUGGUGAACAAGCCGCCGCCAUCGGACGACCAUGUGGUGGACGUGCCGGUAAUCGGUGCUACCGCUACCGCUCCGACCAGUGUGCCGGAAAACUCCAGCCGUUUGCGUGCGGCCUUUGGCGGUCUGUACACGAUGAACCGUGCCGGCAUCCGGAACCGCAUGAGACUGUUGCAGCUGCUACUGUCGAUCUUUGCGUUAGCCUUUACCCGGCCACAGUACAACGAGGGGUUCCAGUGGAUUGCGCUGUUUGUGCUGUGUCAUUCGUUCGUGUUUUCGUUCGUACUUUUCUGGGACCGGCGAUGCUGUGGAACGAUCGUCCGGGCCCUGCUGCCGCUGGUUAACUGGCGCCGGCUGGAGCUGUACUAUACCGGCGGUGUCACGCUGGCCCUCUACGUCCUUUCGUGCGGACUAAUGUUUGCCCCCAAAGGUUACGGUGGGACGGUCACGCUCAACUGGACAUCGGCCAUCUUUACGCUGCUGACCGCACUGGUGUACGGCGGCGAAACCUGGGUCCAGCUCCGUGACAUCUACGACGGCCGUUCGCUUAAUGUUCAGUGA